CAAGACAAUGAUAAAUUAUCCAACGAACAAGUCUGCCUUCGCAAACACACGACCGUAUUUAUUCCGAAAGCUGUCCGAGAAGCCCUACCUCCAACCGUCCGAUAUCGCCAUCCCAGCACAUCGACGCUCAUACCCAUCAAAUGGCCCAAGACAGCAACCCUUCUUUUGUCCUGCGGGCCGUUAAAGAUGUCGCCCUCGAAGACCGCCCCGUUCCAGCUCUGAAAGACCCGUGGGACGUUCGCGUGCGUAUCUCCGAGACGGGCAUCUGCGGCAGCGACGUCCACUACUGGCAGCGAGGCCGGAUUGGCGAUUUCGUUCUCGAGUCCCCGAUUGUCCUUGGCCAUGAGAGCUCCGGCGUCAUCGAGGAGGUCGGCUCCGCCGUCCGAAACCUGAAAGUAGGGCAGAGAGUCGCCGUCGAGCCCGGUGUACCGUGUAGACACUGCAACUAUUGCCGAAGCGGCAGCUACAACCUCUGCCCGGACACCGUUUUCGCAGCAACGCCGCCCCACGACGGGACCCUGUCGAAAUACUACAUCACGCAGUCCGACUACUGCUACCCGAUCGCCUCGCACAUGGAUCUCGAAGAAGGCGCCAUGGUCGAGCCCGUCGCCGUCGCCGUGCAGAUUACCAAAGUCGGCCGCGUCAGACCCAACCAGUCCAUUGUCGUCUUUGGCUGCGGACCCAUCGGGCUCCUUUGCCAGGCCGUGAGCAAGGCGUAUGCGGCGCGCACGGUCAUCGGGGUGGAUAUUAGCCAGUCGCGAUUGGAUUUCGCGAGGGUGUUUGGCGCGGAUGGGGUGUUUUUGCCGCCGGCGAGGCCCGAGGGGGUCGAUGAGUGUGAGUGGAGUGCGCGUGUUGCGGGGAUGAUUAAGGAGCAGUUUGGGCUGGGUGAGGGCCCCGAUGUGGUGAUUGAGGCAACGGGUGCGCAGGCUUGUAUCCAGGCGGGGGUGCAUCUGACGAGGAAAGGGGGAGUGUAUGUUCAGGCUGGGAUGGGGAAGGAGAAUGUGGUGUUUCCCAUCACGACGGCUUGUAUUCGUGAUCUUACGAUUCGGGGGUCGAUUCGAUAUACGACGGGCUGUUAUCCGACGGCGGUGGAUUUGAUUGCUAGUGGCAAGGUCGACGUGAAGAGACUUGUUACUGAUCGGUAUGAUUUCGAAAAUGCGGAGGAGGCGUUCGAGCUGGUGAGGCAGGGGAGGGAGAAUGUGAUCAAGGUCAUUAUCCAUGGGUACCGGGACUAGAGGAUGCAAAAGCUGGGCUUGGCGAUCAGGGAUGUCUGUGCCUCCAUGGUAAAGAUCUCAUGCGAGAGCCUGCGAGGCUACGUGAUGCUGGAAUGAGCAAACGAUUGGUUUGGGCCACUUUGACUUCUCUGGGGGCGGAUUGGCUGCUGUGGUUGACGACCAGAACCUUGACUAUUGUCCUGCAUCCACGCCUCGUUAAUUCAUCAUAUAAUCUCAAGAAGAUCGCCACCCAGGAGCCUUCCUCCUGUAGUGCCUCCUUGUCUGAAUCCACAACCAUGCUUCUCUCAAUC